UAGUUCUGAAAGAAAAGCGCUCUCAAAACAUUGUCAUCCAUUCUGUUUUCAAAACGUCCGAAUAAGAACAGCUCACACACACCCUUCGCCCCGUUAGCCCCGCCCACGCUAUUGGUGUGCGCGAGUCGUGGAUGAAUUUCCCACCCACCUUGGGUGUACAAGAUGUCCGGCACCCGCCGUCCUCAACGCGAUUGCGCCCGUCAGGCGGCUCAAGUGUGGCAAAGUCUGACCCACCGUCCCAGAUCGGUCGUGUCCGCUUCGGAUUCACCCACGCCCAAACCCCUUACCCCGGCCUUCCAGCCCACUCGCUCCACUCGGACCCGUGCUGCCACCACCCUUAAGAACCGGCAGGGCGAGCCGGGCCCGCCGGCGGUUUCGCCAGUGACGCAGCCCAGGUCCGCUACGGGGCGACGGCGUCGAGCCCCGCGAAAGACCGCCGUCAAGACCACCCCAGUGGCUCAGCGGGCUCGACGAAACCGUGCACCACCGCCUGAGCAGCCGUCUGAGCGGCCUGAGCCCAGUUCCGAAGUGUCCAGCCCGACGAAGAAGCAGGAAAGUCUGGCCUCAGACACCCGGAAAAAGAAGCCCACUCGAAAGGCCCAAGUUAAGCCCAUUGAGGCGGGAGAUGGCCAAAAGUUAGAUAGCUCCCAGGCUCGGUUGAGUUUGCCACCCAAGAAUGCCAGUCCGGCUCAAAUUCAAGCGUUUUUGGCCAGCCGACCCAAAUUGCCCGUGUAUCGUAAAGCCAAUCUUUUGUCGGGCUCUAAAUUGGACCACAGUCAGACGGAGAACGAUAUAUAUGAUGUCCAAACUUAUGGCACGGAAGAAUUCGGGCCCGAGCCUCAAAUCCAGGCCAAGAAGAAGAAGGCCAAAAGACGAGCGAAAAAGCAACCCGGCGACAUCAUUUUGACGUUUGGCCAGCGUGCUCGAGAAAAUGUGGCGCCCAUUCUGAAAGAGAUCAAAAACUUGAAAACGCCCCAGCCCGUUGCCAAGAAAGCCCUUGUUCGGAAGCCCUUGAAUCCGGUCAACGUGCCGGUCAAUCGUGUUCCUCCGCACCAAAGCCCUGCCACCACAAUCCAUCGACACCCCUCCGGCAGUUCGCAAUACCCGCCCAAUUCGGGCAAUAUCAGCCCCGCCCGCAGCUCAUUUGGUUACACUCGCGAUUGCGAUGAUUUCAUGCCCUCAUGUCACGACCAUUCUCACCCCUCUGAAUCCUUGGGAGUACCUCCACCCUCAAAUACGAGUCUAUGCGUGCCAGAAUUUCAGCCGAAUAGCUCGCCAGCUCGAAAUUCUACCUUGAACGCGACCAAAGAGCCCAUCACCAAAUGCUACAAAACACCUAUAGUGCCCCGACACGUUAGAAAGCCCGAGGGCAAAGUAUCUACUCCACGAGCGGAUGAAAGACAUGCCAAAGGCGCCUUGCCUGACAAUCUUUCCACGCAAGAACUGGUCAAAAUGGCCUUUGGAUUUGACGAAAGCUCCGAAGAUGAGGAGCUCGAUAACACGGAGAAUGAGAGUCUUUUUGGUAUUUCGCCCGUGCGAGGACACGGGGUGAAUAAUUUCAUGUCACCCUCGGCCAGUAUGAUCCACCAAUCCAAACCUAAGCUACUUUCUGUGGUUAAGACGAGAAAAAAAACGGGUGAACCGUACCGCUUUGUUAUCCCCGCCAAGCCUAACGCCAAUCGCAGCAAUAGUAAAAGUGAAAUCAGCUCGAGAUUCCCGUCAAAUGUUUCGAAAUCCAUAGUAAAUUCCGAGACCACUGCAUCGCAAGCCAAACGCAUCGAUGGUGGCUUGAAUCCUAAUCCCAAGUAUUCGUCGACCAAUUUAAGCCACGAAUCUAAUCGAGUGAUUCCCAAACCUCAAAUUAAAGUGAUUCGUCCUCCCGAUGAAAAUGUGUCGGCCGACAACCAAUCCGACCCCAGUUUGUAUGGGGACAUUGAGGAAGAAAUUUCCAAAAUUCCAGCAAUGGAUUGUUCGGCGUCGGUUGGAAAUGACUCCUUGGUAAACCCUGCGGGUCCCACUGAAGGUUUAACCGAUAUGAAAGAAAACGAAAUCGAAGAUGAGCAAGAUGAGGACGAAGAAGAGGAAGGAGCGCCCGAUGCAUUUACGAUGUUGAAAAACGAGUCUUUGAAUCAGAGUUUAGGGAAAAAGGCUUGUCUUAGAAAAAGAUCGAAAAAGUCGAAGACAGUUUGUCCUGUUGCGAAGGAAUCCCCAAUUGAAAAGGCCACCAAGCAAACUUUGAUCUACGAAAUGGUUCCAAAUGCCACGUUUGGAGAGAAAAAGCAGAUGAAAACCAACAAAAGGAAAAUAUCGGAGUCCAGGAAUCCCGAACAACAAGUCGACCUUGAAUCUGAGGAGAAAACGGAGCCCCGUGAGAAGAAACAGAAAACUGGCAAAACCUAUUGCAAACGAACCAUAAACACAUCGGUGACCACAUCACCUGUCAAGAAACCCUUGAGAAAGGACAAGAAAUUCGAGGCGUGGGCCACUUUACAAACAUCGCAUUUCGGUGAGGUUGAAGGGUUCGACCUCUCGUUUGGUUAAGAAGUGUCCAUGCAUUCUGGACCAUCCUUUUCCAUCCUGUCCCUGUUAUAAAGUAAUCCCAGCAUCUUUAACCCCAAGACAAUUUCCGGAUUGUUUCUACUGCUGCUUUUGCUGUUGUUGAUGAUCUCCUCCGUCCCGUCUGUCUCUUAUUACGCGUAUGUUGUUUGGGUGUGCAUCUUGUUCAUUAUUCAUGUCCCAUUGGGAGGAACCGCAUAAAUGGUUUUAGCUCUCGUCAGUGUCUACUUGAACGCACCUUCUUCUUAAAAUAUAUAUCAAACUCGAAUGAA